CGACUAGAAAACGCCUGCGGGGGAAAACGGCUAUCGUAUUCGGCAUUAGCAUGGUCGAUUACCUAUUGUCCACUAGGUUUUAAGCCAAAAGCGAUGGGGCAGUUGGUGGCCUUCCCUCGUUAGUCUAGUAAACUCAGGAAUGAGAGUAUUUUUUAUUAAAGAGUUUAUGUUUUUGAGCAUGAUUAUAAUUCACUCUAUUUCAUAUUUAGGAUCUGGAUCUUUAUUCGAUGGUAGUAUACUUGCCAGUGAAGGUGAUAUUAUUGUUAUUACAAUGAAUUUUCGUUUAAAUUAUCAUGGAUUUUUAAGCACUGGUGAUGAACGUAUAAAAGGAAAUUACGGGUUAUGGGAUCAAUUGUUGGCUAUUAAAUGGGUAUAUGAAAAUGCUCAUUUAUUCGGUGGUGAUAGAACACGAAUUGUUCUUGCUGGUCACUCGGCUGGUGCAGGCAACGUUAUGUUAUUACCAGCUAGUCCUUAUUGUCAUGGUAUGAUCAGGCGUGUAAUAUCGCAAUCCGGUACAGGUUUAGCUCCAUGGAGUAUUAAUCAUCAUCCAAUGAAAUUAAUACGACGAUUUUCAACAGAAUUUGGAUGUAAACAUUUAGAAGAAAAUGAAAUGUUACAGUGUAUAUAUAAGCUAUUACAAGAGAAAGACGCUGACUUCUACCGUUUACAUCUGAGUUUAAAUAUAGCGGAUGAUAAUCCUUAUCCGGUAAUUGACAAUGAUUUUUUGAAUGAUACAUUAGAAAAUACACUACAAAGCAAUGCUUACCGAAACAUUGACAUAAUGACGGGUGUUACACUAAACGAAGGUCUUUAUUUUGCUGAAUAUCAUAUUGCACAUUUUUUUAAUGAACACUCUUCAUCAAAAAUGAAACGGCGAGAGGGUAUUGUCAAUGAUCAUAAUGAAAAUAGAUUAAGAAAAAAACGUUCAAUCAGAAUGGAAGAUAAACUUGCUCUAUCAUCGGAUAUUGAAUUAUCUCCAUCAGUUAAUGAAAACAAACCACAAGCACUACUAAAGAGUGAUGAAAUACAUCCAAUAUUACACCAGGAAGAACAAAAAAGUACUUAUGAGUCAAACAUGUUUCUUCGUAUAGAUGCCUAUAGAGCAUUAAAACAAUUUUCAGAAGCAAAUUACAUUGAACAAUACUUAAAAGCAAAUUUUCUUAAUGGACACUGUCAUUUGAAUGAUGUGCGCAAACGAUAUGAGACACCAGGUAAAGACAACAUUACAAUUCGUUCACGAUUAUAUAUUGAUUUAGUAUCAGAUUUAAUGUUUAAUUACCAUAUGGUUCGACUAUUGAAUAUUUGUGCUAAAACACCAAAUAGAAAUGCUUCAAUGUAUACUUACAUCUAUUCUCAUAAGCCAACAUUUAAAGCCAAAAGUUUAUUUCGUGAUCAUUUGAAAACGUUGCCCAGUGUUGUCGGACAUUUUGCCGAACUAGAUUAUGUAUUUGGUGUCCCACUGGCGAAAAAUUAUCCAAAAAUACACAAUAACGUUAAUAAAAUUCCGUACCCUUAUUCUGAUGAAGAACAAGAAUUUAGUCGACAAAUAAUUCGAUAUUGGACAAAUUUCAUUAAAACAGGUAAUCCCAAUAUCGGUUUACCAGUACCCAUUCAAUGGAACGAGUAUACGGAUGUGAAUCGUGCCUACAUCUAUUUACAAUUGAACGAUAUUCAAAUACGACAAAAUUAUUUUGAUUCAAUGUAUAGUUUUUGGUUUGAACGUUAUGAAGAAGACAAAACUGGCUGUCCAAUAAUAAAAACAAGAAAGAAUGUCUUUAUUAUUCUAUUAGCGAUAUUAGCUCUAAUAAUAUUUGGACUAGGAUUGAAUGUUAUUUAUCGUCAUAUUCGGAGAAAAAGUAUUUUUAGAGGAUAUAUUAAUACAUCAUCAACAGCACCGCCAUCUUUUCACAAUAAUAGUGCAAUUAUUCUCACUGAUCAUCACAGUACACAACCGCUGGUUACUUCGUCACAUGUGACGAUAUAA